AUGUUGUCAGGAAUGCCCAGGAAAUUGCCAAGAGGGUCAGGUAGGAAAAGUGACUGGAACGAUGUAAAUCCUUUGGCCACCGGAUCUUCCAUACAUAGGUGUAUCACGGUUUCAGAGUUGAGGGCAAGAGCUGGAUGUAGCAUGGUUUCAGGUCUUCCAGUACCACAGGGUAUGGAUCAACUAGAAUCCCACUCUUCGAAAGGAGGUGCAGUACCUGGCAGUCAAAAUCAAGGACAAUACUCUGCCAGUGUUACCCAGGAUAUGCAGCUCAUACAACUGGCGGUCCCUUAUACCCUAGAAGUCCCAUACAGUCAGGUGAGCACAUUCCUUGAUCGAGGUUUUAGUCACGAGCUCGUUAGGGAACAGAGUCAAUACCCUCGUCUUGAUUUAGGGCAGGGGAGCAUUGCAACUAUCACUACUUUGGGUGGUACAAGGGCAUGGAUGGAUCAGUCGGUCCCAAUACCGGCACCGCAGGAACCGGACUUACAGCAAGGGGCAGUCUCAGUGUGGCUUCGCCCUCAGACCUCGCCUGGGUCGUCCCUCUCGCAGCCGUCCUCUCGACGGUCGUCUCUCGCCUCCCUCUCGACCUCGACCAGCCCUUCUCUCGCUGGCUCGCAGGAGCGGAACGUCCCUCGUGCAGACAGGAGAUUAACCAACCAAUCAAAAUUAAAGUUGGUGUGGUCAUCAAAGUCGUCGACGAUGUGGGCGUGGUUAGUCGUCAGCGUAGUCGUGGUCGUCCACGCGGCAGCCACGACAGAGACACAUAACACUUCGACGAUAAAUGUCCCAUCGGAACUUUUAAUCCAGCUGCUGGAUGUGAGUCGAGCUUUGCAAAAGCUGGUUCCCACGAGCGCCGGAGCCAGUGUGGACGCUGUCUCGGGUGAGGAGGGUAAGGUGAAGCUCUCUCCAUCUCGCCAGUUCCAUUUUGCUUUUGAGUUUUGGGUCUUGAGUAUCAGUGGUCUGCGGGAGGAUAAUGAUCAAUGGUGUUUCCCCCUUGCCCGAGCCGACGACGCGGGCUACAACUCCCUCCUGUCCCUGGCGCUGCGACACCACGCCCUCCUGCAGCAGAAGAACGAGGACCUCCUCAUCCAGCAGGGCCGCUGCACCGCCAGGAUCGAGGCGCUACAAGAGGACAAGCAGGAACUCCGCGAGCAGCUGGAGGAGUACAAGCAGCAGAUACAGUUCCUGUUGAACGGCAGGCCUCCGUCGACGCCGCCGACCACGCCGCCUGCCGCAGAAAUCACAACAGAGUUCGACUUCGGCGGGCUGGUGCUGGAGGAGAAGUGCCCCUGCAGAGUGGGCGGAGCCGAGGACGAGGCGGAGGACUGCGCAUGCUCGCCGCCCGCCAACGCCACGGAAGUCCCGCCCACCACGCAGGAGACCAAGAUACUCGGGGGCAAUGCCAGAGUGCGGGACUGCGCGGGCCACCAGAGCGAAGGGUCCACAGAGAGCGGCAUUUAUGAGAUCUUCCCGUUGGAGUGCAAAGCCGUCCGCGUGUGGUGCGACCUCGAGACGGACGGAGGAGGCUGGACCGUGUUCCUGAACCGCGUGGAACAACCCGUUCAGGAGAACUUCACCAGGACUUGGAACGACUACCGGGACGGGUUCGGUGACGUGUCUGCCGAGUACUGGCUAGGGAACGAAGUCCUCCAUCAGCUGACGAUGAGAGAGCCGCAGGUCCUCCGUGUGGACGCCGAGGACUUCAACGGCAGUCGGCGGUGGGGCAUCUGGUCUCGCUUCCGGGUCGACGACGAGGCUCAUAACUACAAGCUCCUGUCGGUGAUGUAUUCCUCCAACAGCACCAUGGGGGACGGUCUCCUGUGGCACAGCGGCAUGGAGUUCUCGACCAUCGACCGAGACAACGACAUGCACAAAGAGCAUGAUUUGAGAGAGAAACUGAUGCCUGAGAACGACAAUGCCUCUCGCGGCCUCCCUCCCCCUCCAGGAAGCUGCGCCAGCGAGUACCGCGGCGGCUGGUGGUACAACGUGUGCCACAACGCCAACCCCACGGGCAUCCUCGUCAACUCCGACGACUUCUACUCCGUCGGCUGGGUCUACUGGAGCCCCAGACAGUACAAGUGGGGCAGCCUGCGGUUUCUGCAGAUGAAAAUCCGCCCCAAGAACUUCGGAGUCCCCGACCCCUCGACGGCGCCGCUCGACUGCGCCAGCGAAUGACGCCUCGUCGAGCCCCACGACGUGUCCGGCGGCGGCCAAGCGUAGGAGCGGCCGCGGGACUCGGGAGGAAGAGGCCCUGGGAGGCAGCCCUGCGUCAGGAACUCCGACUUGGCUUUGAUGAAACAAGAAUUCAGGCUUCGGUUUGAUGGGUCUUUUUUUCUGUUUUUUGGUAUUUCCAUAAAUAUUAUCGCUAAUGUUAUAAAAUCAGAUGGAAAGAAAAGUUUGAAAUUCAGUAAACUAUCUGAGUUUCCACAAGUUCACUGAUAAUUUAAACGUGCAUCUUCAGUAAAUUAUUUGUAAUAUAUUUUAAUCGAUGGAGCGCCGUCAUGCGCGCAUCUGUCGCUAUACAAUCACCGCGCAUAACAUUUG